AUGGCGCUCAUCGGUAUGGCCUCAGCGGUGGCGGGCUUCGUCAAAGUCCGCUACCUGAUCGACAAGGCGGUUAUUGACAACAUGGUGUUUAGAAUGCACUACCGAAUCACAUCUGCCAUAUUGUUCCUGUGCUGUCUUCUUGUAACAGCCAAUAAUCUUAUAGGCGACCCGAUCUCUUGCAUCAACGACGGCGCGAUUUCAGCGCAUAUUUUAAACACCUACUGCUGGAUCACCUACACGUUCACACUUCCAUAUUCCAACAAUAAAGGCAUAGCUCACCCUGGAUUGGGCAAUGAUUAUGGAGAGGAAAGGCGGAUACACGCUUACUAUCAAUGGGUGCCGUUCAUGUUGUUCUUCCAGGGCCUACUGUUCUACAUACCCCACUGGAUCUGGAAGAACUGGGAAGAGGGCAAGGUUCGCAUGAUAUCGGAAGGAAUGCGGGGCACAUCGGCCUGUAUCGCCGACGAUAAGAGCAAACGUCAGAUUCGACUAGUACAGUAUCUGUACGAUACACUGCAUAUGCACAACACCUACUCCUUCGGUUAUUUCUUCUGUGAAGUUUUAAACUUCGCUAACGUUGUUGGCAACAUAUUUUUCCUUGACACUUUCCUCGGUGGAGCUUUCUUGACUUACGGCACAGAUGUAGUAAAGUUCUCUAAUAUGAACCAGGAGCAACGUACCGAUCCCAUGAUCGAGGUAUUCCCCAGACUUACCAAAUGUACCUUCCACAAAUUUGGUGCUUCUGGAACAAUCCAGAAACACGAUGCGCUCUGCGUUCUCGCCCUUAACAUCCUUAACGAAAAGAUCUUCAUCUUUUUAUGGUUCUGGUUCAUUAUUUUGUCGGUGCUCUCCGGCUUGGCGCUAGUGUACUCAGCGGCUGUGAUCCUUUUACCGAGUACUCGAGAGACAAUCCUGAAGAGACGUUUCCGCUUUGGUACUCCGAACGGCGUUGAAGCUCUUGUUAGGAAAACUCAGGUGGGCGAUUUUCUUUUGCUGCACCUUCUUGGUCAAAAUAUGUCACUCCGUAUGUUCGGCGAAGUGUUAGACGAACUGUCACGGAGACUUCACCUCGGAUCCAACGCACCUUCCGCACCUUCUACUCUCGAAAUGGCACCUAUUUAUCCCACUAUGGAAAAGUUCGCGAAAGAAACAGAAACGUAA